UGUCAAACAGAUUCAGAAAGUUCAGCAGAUCAGAGACAAUCAGUCAACAUGAGGCCAGUGCAGCAGAGCAUUAAGAUCUUAUACUACGCCAAUAAAUCCGAGGAGCCGUUUGUGGAGAUCGUCACUGUGAAGCAGCAGAACAAGCGGCGUCCGAGCGUCUGCAGCUCCGCAGACUCUGAAUCUGAUGACCUGCUGCCCGUGUUAAUAGACCACAGUCAGAUUCUGAACGAGCAUCACCUCGAACAACUGAUGAAUCACAUCCCGGUGCGGACUCAGGGUUACUCUUGGAAGCUGGUGUACAGCACAGCGCAGCACGGCACCAGCCUGACCACUCUAUACCGUCAGAUGAGAGAGCUCGACAGACCCGUCCUGAUGGUCAUCAAAGACACGGACAACCAGGUUUUUGGAGCGUUCUCCUCCGACCCGUUCAAAGUCAGCAGCUACUGCUACGGGACGGGAGAGACGUUCCUCUACAGCUUCAGUCCGGAGUUUCAGAUCUUCCGCUGGAGUGGAGAAAACUCCUACUUUGUGAGAGGAUUCCUGGACUCUCUGCAGAUGGGAGGAGGAGGGGGCCCGUUUGGCUUGUGGCUGGAUUCUGAUCUGUAUCGCGGCUCCAGUUACUCAUGCAGCACCUUCUGCAACCGUCCUCUCAGCCUCCAUCACGACUUCACCGUCCGGGAUCUGGAGGUGUGGACCUUCGUCUGAGCGCAAACCGGUUCCUGCCGUUCACACCGCUGAUAAGAACAACACAAAACUGCCCUGACUCGUCUGCUCACUUCAACAGAACCUGAUCUCUUCCUCAUUUGCGAGCGGCUUCAGAGCUUCUGCUAAAUGAAGGAAGAGUAAUUGUAAAGAAGACAAGUUGAGGCAGGAGUUGGUGGUUUAGUUCCCGUUUCCAGUAACUGUAAGCAUUCCAGUGGCCUGAUGGAACCUGAACACAUUGCUCAAGCCCCGAGGAUCAAGCAUGCUGCCUACGUAGGCGACAUAGCACACUAGAUCUGACACGAGCCCUUGAGUACUACUACUGACACUCACGGUUUAGUGUCUUUACUGUGUUUUAAAAUGCACUUAGAGGACGAAUGAUUUACUGAUUUGUGUCCAAAAAGGAUUUGAAAAGGAAAAUGGUUUGCUGUGUGAUAGUGAUUGUACUACUGCUUAUUGUUUUUUACUCUAUUUAAUAUCUGUGAUCACAUGUUGAAUUGUUUGUCAUGCAGUGCUGGCGCUGUGUUUCUGGGUUUGGGGUUUCUAAUAAAACACGUUGUUUU